AUGGCUUCUUCACUGAUUUUGCACGUCGAUUUGUCCUCCGAAGGUGUCCUGUCUCCCCAAGGGAUCCCAUCGGCUGCACUGUCGUACUUUGGGUCCGUCUUUAUCCCACUGUCCGAGUCGACUCUAGAUGCCGCCUUCUCUCAUCUCCAGAGGUCAUUUGGCCGGCUCGAAAAUUAUUUCGAUGUCACUGCUCUCGAAUCGGUGGAAGAUAUUGUGUCGUUGCUCGAUGCCGGCGCUGCGGGGGUUUUCGUCAGCCAGAAGCAGUUGGUCCAGCUAGAGCGGACGCCAAACAUUGACCUUGACCGUGUGACCGUUGUUAUCGUGCAUCAAGCACACACGAAGGAUGAGAUAAUUGACUCAAUAGCGGGUACCUCCGUCGGGGUUUGUUUCUGGCACGUCCAGGAUGUGCAACUAUUAGAGGCGUGGUUGAAAGAGUAUAGCUCGGACCGGCCGCCGGUUUACUUCUCCUUGGAACAUCCCGAUUUCGACCGUCUUUCACGGUUGUCAAUUCUGGGCGGCAUCGCAAUUGCAAAAUCCACGGAUCUAACGCUGGAACCUCAAACCAAUCCGGGAUUGGUUGACGCGGUGAAACUGCUCCUGUCAGGUGCUACGAGCGACAGACCAGAUGGUCUGUUUACCACCAUGGUUACAGAUGAAAGGGGAAUCGCUCUUGGACUUGUCUACAGCAGUGAAGAGAGUGUCGCGGAGAGCAUUAGGACCGGAAGAGGAGUGUAUCAGAGCCGGAAGCGAGGCCUUUGGUACAAGGGCGAGAGUAGCGGAGAUGUUCAGGAAUUGGUUCACGUCAAGUUUGAUUGCGAUAAGGAUUGCAUCUGUUUCGUAGUCCGUCAGAAAGGGAAUGGCUUCUGCCACUUGGGUACCGCUACCUGUUUCGGUCGAUACUAUGGUCUCUCCAAGCUCCAGAAGACAUUGUUGGAUCGCCGACAGAACGCGCCCGAAGGCUCAUAUACAGCAAGGCUGUUCAAUGACACGAAACUGCUGCACGCAAAGAUCAUGGAAGAGGCCAAUGAGCUGUGCGAAGCAAAGACCAAGGAAGAAGUCUCUUUUGAGGCUGCAGAUCUGUUGUAUUUUGCAAUGACAAAGUGCAUUGCAUCUGAUGUGUCACUGGAGAUGGUGGAACGGAACUUGGACGCGAAGAGCGUUAAAGUUAAGAGGAGGAAGGGGGACGCUAAAGGACCAUGGGCGGAGCAGCAAAUGAAGAAAGAGGAGGCAAAGCAGUCCAAAGCAGUGCCGGAGGUACAGACACCAGUUGUCUCAUCUACGGGCAAAAUUCAAAUGAGACGAUAUCAGACAUCGCAAGAGAAGGAAGAAACAAUCCUUGAAGCGCUUAAGCGGCCAUCACAACGGAGUUCCGAAGCCAUUUUUGGAAUCGUUAAUCCGAUUAUCAAAGCCAUCAGAGAGGGAGGCGACAAAGCGGUCCUGGAGUACACCCACAAGUUCGAGAAGGCGACGUCGCUCACAUCUCCCGUGCUCAAUGCUCCAUUUCCGCCAGCAUUAAUGCAGCUGCCACAGCAAACGAUUGACGCUAUUGACAUUUCAUUCGAAAACAUUCGUCGGUUCCACGCAGCGCAGCAAGAGGAGAAGCCACUCGUCGUCGAGACCAUGCCGGGAGUAAUAUGCAGUCGCUUCUCUCGCCCGAUUGAACGAGUGGGUUUGUAUGUUCCUGGAGGAACUGCGGUCCUACCGUCCACCGCCCUUAUGCUCGGCGUCCCGGCAAUGGUUGCAGGAUGCCAAAAGAUCGUCCUUGCAUCUCCGCCACGAGCAGACGGAUCCAUCACACCGGAGAUCGUCUACGUCGCCCACAAAGUCGGUGCAGAAUCGAUUGUGCUCGCCGGUGGCGCACAGGCCGUGGCCGCCAUGGCGUACGGUACUGAGAGUGUGAGCAAAGUGGACAAGAUUCUCGGUCCCGGCAACCAGUUCGUCACUGCCGCGAAGAUGAUUGUUUCUAACGAUACCUCCGCUGGAGUCAGUAUUGAUAUGCCUGCGGGCCCUAGUGAAGUCCUCGUUAUCGCUGAUGCGACUGCGAAUCCGGCAUUUGUUGCCUCCGACCUUCUCAGCCAAGCAGAACACGGCGCGGACUCGCAAGUGGUGUUGAUUGCAGUCGACCUCACCGACGCGCAACUACUCGCGAUUGAUGAUGAACUUCACAAUCAAGCCAAUGCGCUGCCGCGGGUUGAUAUUGUGAGGAAAGCGAUCGACCACUCCGUUACGCUCAUUGUCAACGACAUCCAGGAAGCCAUACGUUACAGCAAUGCAUAUGCACCCGAGCAUCUCAUCUUGCAAGUAAAAGAUGCUGAAGCAGUGGUUCAGCAUGUUCAAAAUGCUGGAAGCGUGUUCAUUGGCCCUUGGACUCCGGAGAGUGUGGGAGACUAUUCCGCCGGUGUCAACCAUUCAUUGCCGACUUAUGGCUAUGCCAAGCAAUAUUCGGGAGUCAAUCUUGGUUCUUAUGUGAAGCACAUCACAAGCGCGAACCUCACGCUGGAUGGCCUUCGCGCAGUGGGUCCAGCGGUCAUGGAACUUGCUCGCGUCGAAGAACUCGAGGCGCAUCGACGAGCAGUCAGCAUCAGACUCGCUUCUAUUACUGGUUAG